AUGGCCCCUAAGGUGUACGCCGGAGUCGGCUAUGUUACCUGGAGCUUCUUCCAGGUUUUGCUUUCUCUUCAGGCCCCCGAGGAGGCUUUGGAUGCUGGAAAACGUUGGGACUGGCAGAUCAGGGGGGCGCACUAUGCUGCACAAGUGAAGGGCACCGAGGUCUUUGCUGAUGAAGCUGACGAUCUGCAAAGGGCCGUGCUUGCAUACAGGAUGCGAGAAGAGCGGGCACUGGAGGUUAUGCAGAAGAUCCGUCGCGGCGAAGAGCGCAGUGCCGCAUGGCUUCCAUCCAUGAAGAGUGUGAAACUCAAGGAAAAGGUCUUCGAGGAUCGAGGGGCAGCUUUGGCCGUGUAUACAGGUCAUGACGCCAGCAUUGCUGUAAGCCAAGAUGGUCGAGUCCUAUGUGUUCUGGAAAUCGAGCGGCUGCUAGGAGUUCGCUACGCUCGCCUUAAGGGUCAGGGGUCGGAAUUCUGGGAACAGAUUUUCCGUGCCAUUUCUACUGUGAGGGACCAUUGUCCGGGAGGGUUUCCGCAGCAUUUCAAGCAUAUUAUGGUGGCAGAUCAUGUGAGUUACUGGCAGUUGUUUACGGUCAUUCCAUUGAUUGUGGAAGAAUACUUCCCGGUGGAGAAGUGGCACUGGGUGGAUCAUCACGAAGCGCAUGCCUUAAUGGCUUACCACAGCUCACCUUUCCGCACUGCCCUGAUCGUGACCUACGAUGGAGGUGGAAACGAUGGCUCAUUCAAUGCCUAUGUUGGAAGGGCUGUGGGUGAUGGGAAAGUGGAGCGAAUUGCGCAGCUCGACUAUAACUUAGGUGAAAUGUACAACUUUCUCGGCGGCCUGCUGCCAGAAGUUUCAGGUCUCGACACGACGCAGAUAUGUGAUCUUUGGCGUCUUGGCCAGCCCGUGCUUCUGGACCAGGUAAGACAGCCCGAACUCGGCACGGCAGGGAAACUAAUGGGGUACGCUGCUGUCGCUCCUGCGGACGACAAACUAACCAGUGUCUUGGAGGAGCUUUUUGAGGGGUCUGGCUGCGUGCAUGGUCAUGCUUCAGAUGCUUUCGGAUAUUUCCCAUUUCAGGCCCGUGCCGCUAGUUGGAAGGACCUCAGCUUUGUGAAUGCAACUCUGCCUGUUUCCGUGUUAGAAGCCGCAUGCACUUCUCCAGAAUCACAACGCAUCCUCGGUGCCUCCAUCGAAAAAGCCUUCGAAUCGAUUGCUUUUGGCAUCGUUUGGUCCCUCUUGCGACACGUUGGCCUGGACAAGGUCGAAGGUUUGGCUUUGAGCGGUGGGUGUGCUUUGAGUAUCCGCACGAAUCAACUACUCCACGAUCGCCUCAAUGAGAUAGGUUUGGGUUUUUUUGUGCCGCCGGCGCCCAAUGAUUGUGGGCUAUCAGUCGGAGGACUCUACAGAGUUACUCCGCCAUGGGUUCGUCAGCCCUUACAAUAUCUGGGCUUUGAGCUGUGGGACAAAUUGAAUUUGGGGGAGCUUGCGCGAAAACGUGGUGCAGUGAAGCUAUCAGAAUUAGGCGGCAUUGAGUACUUGGCUGCACUUCUAACCGGGACAGUAGACUCAGCAAGGUUACCUUCUAAAAACGGCACGGUGCAGAGGCAUCCCAUAGUUGCGAUCGUACGUGGGAGGCAGGAGUUUGGCCCCAGGGCCCUGGGCCAUCGAUCUCUGCUCGCAGUAGUCACAGACGAUCAGAUGCCAAAAAGGAUGAACCGGCUGAAAGUCAGAGAGUGGUAUCGCCCUGUUGCACCUAUGAUCGCCGAGGAAGCCUUGACAGAAGUCUUUGGUCGCAUUGUUCCGUCGCCAUACAUGACCCUGGCCCCCGUGGUGAAGCCGGAAAUUCGAAAGCGCUUCCCGGCUCUCGCCCACUUUGAUGGGACUGCGCGGCACCAAUCUGUGUCAAAGGAGGAUGAGCCAUGGAUUCAUGCCUUGCUGACGGCCGUUGGAAGGUUAGCAGGACUGGCGGCACUAAUCAACACGAGCUUCAACACCAAGGGCAAGCCCAUCGUGAACACAGCCAGGGAGUGUCUGCAAAUGCUGGACCGGCUGCCGGAUUUAGAUUUCGUGCUCAUUGAAGACUGGCUGUUCCAUAGACGGCUGACGCGGGUGGCUAAAUCCGGACGCUUGACUUGCCCUAAAGUCCUAAAGCCGCGAGCCAGCGAAUGCAGGAUCUGA